UAAGGACCCUCUUAACGAUACUGUAGCCGCAUGCUUGAAAGCAUCGCAAGGGAAUGCUCUUUUGAAUGAAAUAUGGUCCGACUAUAUAACACAGGAAGAAGCAUCUCACGCUUCGAGGAGCGGUGGUGCAAAGAAGAAGGGCAAAUCCGGUUCAUUUAUGACCGUAUCCAUGCUCUACCGCGAAUCCCUCAACAACCUCAUGUCAAUGCUCUACUCCACUCAUCCACACUUCAUUCGAUGCAUUAUUCCCAAUGAAAAGAAGAAAUCAGGUCUAUUGGAUGCUGCACUCGUUCUCAAUCAGCUCACCUGUAACGGUGUACUGGAAGGAAUUCGUAUCUGCCGUAAAGGAUUUCCCAACAGAACUGCUCACCCAGAUUUUGUGCAGCGUUAUUCAAUUCUUGGCGCAGAUGAGUCAAAAUCUAGUCAAGAUCCGAAAGAAUGUGCGAUGAAUAUGUUGAAAAGAUUAUGUAUGGAAGGCUCAAUGAAUGAAGACAUGUUCAAAGUCGGAUUGUCGAAGGUUUUCUUCAAAGCAGGUGUUCUGGCUCAUCUGGAGGAUCUUCGAGAUGCAAAACUCACGCAAUUGAUUUCAGGUUUUCAAGCCCAAAUACGAUACUUCUUUGCAUUGUACAAUGUGAGCAAUAGUAUUGUCACGUUGUUUAAAAAAAGAGAGCGCAAAUUUCUUUGCUUCAUUCGUGAUACUCCAAAAGGAAGAACCAAAUUAGCAAGCAUCUUCGAGUUUCAGAUCGAUUUAAAAGAACGUGAAAAACGUUUCGCGGCUGCACUGAUUAUUCAACGUAAUGUUGGCCAAUGGGCUGGUGUGAUCGGUUGGAGUUGGUUCCGAUUGUACGUCGAUACGAUACCAAUAAUUCAAGAGGCGAAACGUGGGGAAAUUCUCGACACGCUUCGUUCGAACAUUGGCGAAUUCGAGCAGAAACUCGCUGGACGACAGCAAAAACGUGAUGCGCUUGAGCAACAGUUGAAGGCGAUUUGCGAUGAAAAUGAACGAAUUGCCGAAGAAGUGCGCAAUUCAGCGAGUGGUAACGUAGAAGUGGAACACGAGAUGCAAAAAAUGUUAGAGCAACAAUCCGUUAUUGAGACACAAAUCAAUGAGUCAGAAGCGAAACUGAACGACGAGAAACGAAAGACGGAUGCCGAAUGUGAAGCCGUUAGCAAACUAGCAAAAGAGCUGCAGUCAAUGCAAUCAGCUUUACAGAACACUGAGUUAACGAAACGCAAAAUGAGCGCUGAACAAAUGUCGCUAACAAAUCAGAUUCGCUCACUCAGCAACGAGAUUGCACUUCAGAAACAAAACCUCACAAAACUCAGCAAACAAUCCAAUCAACAACAACAACUCAAUCAACAAAUCGCGCAACAACUCGAAACAGCCAAAAAACACAAUGCAGACCUGGAAAACGUUCAGUCAAGGCUAACGAGCGCUAUUAGCGCCGCUGAAGGGUCGUUGCAUGCUCAGAAAACAGCCACCGCCGAUACGGAAAGAGCUAAAAGGAAACUGGAAGGCGAAUUGAAAGUGGAAGAUGAGAAUUUGAAAGAAGUUAGUAAGGAGAAGGAGGAUUUGGUGGGUGCGUUGCGACGAAAAGAGACGGCAUUACGUGAUGCGCGGAGAGAUGUUGACGAUCGACGAGCACUUCAGAGGAAAUUA